AUGCCUCCGUUACAACAUGGGUCUGGGAUCUGCCGGGGUUCAGGUGUGCCGGUGGCUGCUCCGGAGACCAGACCCAUCCGGGGAAAUGGUGGUGUGGCACUGAAAGCAAAGGAUGCUGCAGCACCCCAGGAGUACCAGACUCUGAAAGGGUGGGCCCUUUCCCAGCUGCAAACGGGGAGUCGCAUCACCAUAAGCACCCCCAGAAACUGGGCAGCAGUUUGGGUAGGAAGAAGCAGGGGCAAAGCAACCCUCCCGCAGGCAGACGGUGCCUCUCGGGAGCCCUGCUCCACUCUCCUCCGCCCGUGCGAGGCUGAAGCCUCAUCUGACCGCCUGUGUUUAUCCCUUUAUUUUCCGCCUGCCUGCUGCAAAGCGGCUCUGUCAGCUCCGGCAUCAUCUCUCCAUCCUGAGCAGAGCGAGCCGUGCUCUGGCUGGGAGGGGAGGACGCAGCGGCUGAGCCGCAGGGGCUGGCGAGCGAAGCGGCGGCUCUCUGCCGAGCAUCCCCUUUCCACGCCGUGGGGAGGCCGGCAGCCCCUGCCCCACCAGCUCCUUGCUCACCAUGCUGGAUAUUUUCAUCCUGAUGUUUUUUGCCAUCAUCGGCCUGGUGAUCCUCUCCUACAUCAUUUACAUGCUCUAGAGCGAUGCUGGGGAAGAUGCGGCUCAGCAUCAGCCUCGCAAUCGAAGCAUCGUCCAGCCGCCGCCUGGUCCGUCUCCCUCGGAGCCUUCUGGAAAAGCGUUAACCCUCUGCGAGCAACCGGCUGCCCGACAAGGAGCAAGGAGCCGCGCGGGCUCGGGGCCGGCGUUGCGGAGGGAGCUGAGCAGGAGCGGCCGAGUGAGGCGAAGGAGGGAAAUGGGGUGGCAGGGGAGAGGGCUGCGAGGUGACGUCCCGCUGCCGAGAUGUGGGUUGAUCCCGGUGACGCAUGUGGCGUGCCGGGGGGAUGCUAAGGGUCCUGCCCCUCCCCGUGUGGCUUAGCCCCUCGGGAUGAGCGCUUCCGAGGUCGGUCUUUUGGGUUUAAUUUUAGAAAAGCACUUAUAUUUUUAAUGAAAAAUGUUCAAGGAAAUGAAAUAAAGAGAGGAAUGACACAGGAGAGUGAA